AUGGAUAGCAGUGGAGUUCAAGGACUUAAAGGCAGCUGGGACUACGUUGAUGGCGAGAAUUUCGAUGAUUACAUGAAAGAGCUUGGUGUUGGAUGGGCACUACGUUUAACUGCUAAAGGAGUUAAACCUCGUCUUAUAAUUAGCGAGACAGAUGGUAAAUGGACUGUACGAUCAGAAAGUGCAAUCAAAACGGUUAUUUAUGAAUUUACACCUGGUGUUGAAUUUGAUGAAACAACUCCUGAUGGACGGGAAGUUAAAUCAACCAUUUCUUUCGAAGGCAAUAAAUGGAUUCAUACAUCAAUAGAUAAAUCUGGUAAAAAAUCAGUUGUAACCCGUUUUAUUGAUGAGAACGGUCAACAAAUGAUUAAUCUGGAAUGUAACUCUACUAAAGCUCGUCGUUGGUACAAAAAAGCCGAUUAG